AGCCGGAGCUUCCCAGGUUGGGUCCCUUGUGCCCCUAGCCCUGGGCCAGCCAGCUCUCUCCCUUGCCACCUGGCGUCCCCAGGGCUGUGGCCUGUGCUGCUUCCCCGGGUGGGCUGCCGUCCCUCUUCUCCCAACUUUCUAGACACGUGGCCCAGAAGAGCAACUGAACUUGGGAACUCCUGAGGAUCGGUUGACCUGGUGGCCUCAGGUCUACCCUGGUGACCCCAGGUGCACCCGCUACCCCUGGUGGUGGGAAGUCGCAUCCGGGUGACUACCAGUGAGCCCCAGUGGCUGCCCAAGUCCGGCUGGGCCUCUAGGCCACAAGAGAGUGAACCAAGAUGGCUGGCAGGCCCUCAGUUCCUGGCCCCGGUGCCGCAGAGCCUGGCCGGGUGAGAAGCCAGUGCCCAGGGGAGAAUCCAAGCCGAUAGCUUCACUGAGGCCUGAGACCUGCGUGGCCCUCAGGCUUGUUGGGUGUGGUUGGCUACAGAAACUGCAAGGAGGGAAAGGAGGGUCCUGGAGAACCUAGGAGCCCAAGUUUCGGCUGGUGAGGAAGGAACCCGUUCUAGAGGCCAGGGGAGAGUUGGGAGCCUGUCAGCCAGUCUCUUGGCCCAUUUUCCUUGACCUAUCCAGAUCCCUGGCUCCCCCCUGCUAAAAUGCUGGGGACCGAGGCCAGAAUGGGGCUCCAAGACUGCCAUCUGCUCUGUAGGGAGACUGGAAGAGCAAGGAAGUGGCCUUGGUGAAGAUCCCUUCCGAGAGAUGUGUGUGAGGCCAGCAUGCAAAGUCCGCCAGCCUCACUUUCUACACCGCAGUCCCUGCGCGCACCUGGCAACAGUCCUGUCUGCUUUGCAUCGCACCUCCAGGAAGAGCCAGUGCUCCAGAGAUUACACCUGAGCCCUAUCAGCAAUUGUGUACUUAAAGACUAGAGGCUUCCCCGUGCAGCCCUGCCCUAGCCACGCUGCCCUGGCUCUAGUGGUCAAACUUCAUGGGUUGGCGGUGGUUGUAGACUCUCUGGGGAGCUGUUUUUUCACAGCAAGUUUUGAGGAAGUCAGAAGUGGGGCGUUUACUCACACCUCCUCUCACCUCUUCGGGGAAGAGGAAGGAAUGGGAUAGGGUGGAGCCAGGUGGGACUUGGAAGAGGCCGAGGAAGUGAGGGUGGGACCAGGUAGGGUGGGGAGGGGUGGGGUUUGUGCCGCAGGAAGUGCGGUAUAACUGGAUGUUGUGCUGGAAACACUUGGACACUGCUGCAUGAAUACAGGAUGACUUCUCGGGACCAGCUGGUGGAGCAGGUGCUGAGGGAGCUGCAGGAGGCAGUGGAGUCCGAGGGCCUGGAGGGUCUCGUUAGUGCUGCGCUGGAGGCCAAGCAGGUCCUAUCUUCCUUCGCUCUCCCCACCUGCCGCAAGGGGGGCCCCGGGCUCCAGGUGCUGGAGGUGGAUUCUGUGGCCUUGAGCCUGUACCCCGAGGAUGCUCCAAGGAACAUGCUGCCACUGGUGUGCACAGGUGGGGGCAGCCUGCUGUUCGAGGCGGCUAGCAUGCUUCUCUGGGGGGAUGCUGGCCUCAGCCUGGAGCUGCGGGCACGAACUGUGGUGGAGAUGCUGCUGCACAGACACUAUUACCUCCAGGGCAUGAUCGACUCCAAGGUGAUGUUGCAAGCCGUCCGCUACUCUCUCUGCUCCGAAGAGUCCCCUGAGAUGACCAACCUACCAUCGGCCACUUUGGAGGCCAUCUUUGACGCGGAUGUCAAGGCCACCUGCUUCCCUAGCAGCUUCUCGAACGUAUGGCACCUGUACGCCCUUGCCUCUGUCCUUCAGCGCAACAUCUACUCCAUCUACCCCAUGCGCAACCUCAAGAUCCGACCCUACUUUAACCGUGUUAUACGGCCCCGGCGCUGUGACCACAUGCCCUCCACGCUGCACAUCAUGUGGGCUGGCCAGCCCCUCACCAGCCACCUCUUCCGCCACCAGUACUUUGCCCCCGUGGUGGGCCUGGAGGAGGUGGAGGCUGAUGAUACUCCCAGCCUGGCUGCUACUCCUCUAGCCCUCGCAUCACUGCCCCCUCCAGCCAAGACCCUGGAGCUGCUCAACCGAGAACCUGGCCUCAGCUACUCCCACCUCUGUGAGCGCUACAGAGUCACCAAGAGCACCUUCUACCGCUGGCGGCGGCAGUCCCAGGAGCACCGGCAGAAGGUGGCCACCCGCUUCUCGGCCAAGCACUUCCUGCAGGACAGCUUCCACCAAGGGGGUGUUGUGCCACUGCAGCAGUUCCUCCAGAGGUUUCCCGAGAUCUCUCGCUCCACCUACUAUGCCUGGAAGCACGAGUUGAUGGGCUCUGGCCCUUGCCCAGCCCCAGCCCCAGCCCGGUCCCCGGCCCCCAAAGAGGUACCGGCUAUGGGGGAGCUGGAGAAGCUGCUAGGAGAGAAGGAUGCUGAGGGGCUGGGGCGCUGUGCCCUGGCACCCACAAACCCUGGAAUGGUCUUGAUGCAGCGGGCCAAGCUGUACCUGGAGCAUUGCAUCUCCCUGAACACACUGGUGCCCUAUCGUUGCUUCAAACGCAGGUUCCCUGGCAUCUCAAGGUCCACCUAUUACAACUGGCGGCGAAAGGCCCUCCGGAGGAACCCCAGCUUCAAGCCAGCACCAGCCAUUGCAGCUGCCGGGGCCCCCCAGUCAGCAUCUGUUGGGGAAGUGGCCCUGCUCCCUUCAAAGGGCGAGGUGGAAGAGCGGGCAGAGGAAGCCACAGGAGGUGGGUCCCCUACGCCCCAGGAUCUCCUGCCACGGAGGAUGCCAUUAUCCCGUUGGCAGAGGCGCCUGCGCAAGGCCGCCCGCACGCAGGUGCUGAGUGGGCAUCUGCCCUUCUGUCGCUUCCGCCUCCGCUACCCUAGCCUGUCACCCUCUACUUUUUGGGCCUGGAAGAGCCUCACCCGAGGCUGGCCCAGAGCCCUGUCCAAACUCCAGAGGCCAUCCCCUUCUUUGGGCAAAUGGAGGCAGGAGGCCCAGGAGAAGGAGGCUGGCAGGAACAUGACAACUGUGUUGACCCCACCUGUAGGGAGCCUACCAGUGGGGACUUCUCUAGGAAAUGAUUCUACAAAGGCCCAGGGAGGUCCUUCCAGAGAGGGGGGUCUGCCAGAGGCCACAGCCCAGGGCCAGCCCCACAGUGGGGCCCUGUCAAGCCACCCUCUGGUGGCAGCAGCAGGCCACAGGGAUGGCCAGGUGUUGGUGAUGGACAUGCUCACCACUACAAAGUUCAAGGCCCAGGCCAAGCUGUUCCUGCAGAAGCGCUUCCAGUCCAAGAGCUUCCCCUCCUACAAGGAGUUCAGCACCCUCUUCCCUCUCACUGCGCGCUCCACCUACUACAUGUGGAAGCGUGCACUCUAUGAAGGCCUCACCCUGGUGGACGGCUGAUGGGGAGGUACAAAAGGGGCGGAGAGGAAGGGGACCAGUUGGGAAAGGGUCAGGGACCUGAGUUGUCCCCUGGUUUGGCCAGGAUGCCCUCUGCUCUGGUUCUCACAGUGUCUACCCUGAUUCCAAGGGCAUAUUUGUGUUAUUUCCUGGCUCCAGGGUAGAGAGAGCCAGAAGCCAGCCAUCUGGUCUUCUGUUGAAAGCUACAGCAGCACAGAUGUUCUCUUUGGUUGUUGGCUGGUCACAUUUUUAUUGUUGAGUUUUAGUUUUUGUUUUGAUUAAAGUGGGUUGACUGGGCCUGCUUGCUGGUGCUGGAAGCUGUGUAUUUGUGUAGGGUGUGGAAGUUGGUUAGCGAAAGCAGCUUUCAGCUUUUCCUGGGAGCAAGAGAAGUAUAGUGUGAUUAUCUGUCCUAUGGGGUAGAUGUGUCUUCAGUUUCUCUGGGGUGGCACCCUCUUCCCAAAGGAACAUGGGAAUUGAAGGGGGGCUCUCCUCCAUGGCUUCUGCCUUGUGCCCCCAACAGAGAAGAUGCCAGAUUCAGCAUGAGUGGCAGCAGAGAUGCACAGGAAGAGCCAGGGAUGGUGUCCAAGGGAAGGCCUGAGGACACCUGAGAGUACUGAGGGGCCAGCCUGUCCCCUGCGAGGAGCCUGGACAGGUGAAAGAAAGGCCUGAUCUCCACGGGCCUCUGCCAGCUGGCUGAACCUUGGGCACCCUGCGUUUCUGUUGAGCCUCCUCUCAAAGCCUGAGCCACUUCAGUGAGGGACCACUGAUGGCCAAGCAGGCAGGAGACUGAAUUUGCAUUACCCAAGGCUGAAGUUGGAAAACCAAAGAAAUAAAGUGAGGUGGUACCCAUA